AUGCCAGUUGAAUCAAUAGAAGAUCCUUCCAUUAAAAUCAAACCAAAUAAGAAAUUAAUAGAAUUCAUCUGCAAAAAUGUGAAGAAGACUAAUAGUACUCCAGUUACUAUUAUUGCUUUAAAAAAGUCAACUAAAGAUAAGCAGAAAGAUAUCUUAUUAAAAUUGGAUGAUCUAAGAUGGUUGAACAAAUACUUAGAAGAAUACAGAACCAUUCAUAUGGAAAGUAUUUAUUUACACGAGUUGUUAGAGGAAGAUGACAUCAGAUUACCAACUCCAAAAGUUACACCAAGAAAUCCUGAGUUGGAAGCUAGAACACAGAAACUGAAAGCACAAGAAAAUGCUAUGAAAUAUAGAGCUAUGACCAAAAAUGUAGAUACUACUACAAAGAAUUUACCAGAGGAUACUAUCUCCUAUCAAAUGAAACAAAUAAAUAAACAACUCAUAGCUGUUGCACAGUUUAUAUUUUCUGUACUAGCAGGUUUUGCCUUUGGAUUUGUAGGUCUGGAAUUAAUAGUAGGAACUUUAGACUUUGGAUUUAGAUUGUUAUUAGGUAUAAUUUGUGCAUUAGUUAUUGCCUUGGCUGAAAUUUAUUUCUUAGCAAUUAAAUUAAAUGAAGAUGCAUAUGAUGCUGCUUCAACAGCUCCACCACAUAAAAAAUUUCAUCAAGAAUAAAAUUUCAUAAAUUAUUGUUAUCAAGACAAAUUCUCCUAAUAUUAAUGUCUUUUUGCAAUAUUUAUAAAUACAAAAUAAAGAAGAAAAUUAUAAUUAUGUGCAAAAUAUAAAAUGGUAUAUAAAAUUCUAUUGUGAUACAGCUAGAAACCCAGCAUAGAAAAAUUAAUGCAUUUAUUUUGUAUUAUAUAAUAAGGCAGCAAGAUGCUUUUUGGACUAAUGCAUUUCAAGGUAUAAAUAUAUACUUUACUUCGUACAUAUUCUUAAAAUUCUUUUCCUAAUUUACCUACAAAGUCUAUAUGUACUUUAUUAUUAAUAAAGAGAUCCUAUUUAAUGUUCAA